AUGGCUUUGAGAAACUGUUUCUCAUACUGGUGGUUCCCAGUCUUCUCCAGCCUCGUAUGGCUAGGAAUGCUGCUGGGCAUGCUGCUCUACUGGGUCAUCGACACCGACAAGCAGCACUACUCGUCCAUGAAGCCCGGCAUGACGCUGCCCUACAUCAGCACCAUCGGUGCCUACGAGCUCAAGCCCCUCUUCAUCGCCGGCAGCUGCGUCGUCACCGCCACCCUCGACAUCUCGUUCCUGACGGAGCGCUGGCUGCGGCACCGCGGCCGCCUCGUCCCGAACCAAUCCAUCGGGGAGAAGAUCCUGUUCGGCCUGUCAAUCAUCUUUGCCAUCGUCGGAACUGUGGGCCUCAUCUGCCUCAGUAUCUUCGACACCGUGCGGCAUCCGACCCUGCAUGAUGUUUUCCUGCUUCUGUUCAUGGGAGGCUACGUGAUCUCUGCCAUCUUCAUCUGCUGGGAAUAUCAGCGCCUUGGUAUCAAGAACCGAGAGCACCGCCACCUCCGCAUCUCCUUCUGGAUCAAGCUCACAUUCAUCCUCGUCGAGAUCGCCCUGGGCAUCGCCUUCGGCGUCCUCACCUUCCGCAAGCACCAGGGCAUCGCGGCCUACUUCGAGUGGGUCAUCGCCUUCAUCUUCACGGGAUACGUCCUCUCCUUCGCCGUCGACCUCUACCCGGCCACCAAGACCAGGUCGUACUCGCAGCGCUUCCCUAAGCCGUCCCUGCGCGACAAUGUCCAGGGCGAUCCCGUCAGCGACGAGUCCCUACCCAUGCAGCAGCAGCAGCCCGCGUACACUCGCGGCCGUCGUCUCAUCCAUUUUUAA